UCUACCGAACAUGCCUGGGGCCUCAUGACACUGUUACGAGUGUGGCGCGCGUGGGUUUGUCGUACUCAUUCCUCUCAAGUUCUCUGUUUGGUGAAACACAAAAUGGAAUCUCGCCCUCUCCUCAACCCAUCGAAAAAACGUCCAACGAAGACUUACAGCACACUUGAUACCAUCAGUCAACCAAGCUCUAGCAAAGAUGAGCUAUCCAUGGCGGGCCGUUUCAAUGUGGCGAAAGCAAUGCAGAAAGGCGGGGGAGGGAUUGACAACCCUGCGAUGGACAUGGGUUCCAUCCCUACUGGACUAAACCUUUCCCCGUCCGGCCUCCCCGACGGUAGCCAAGAUGGCCUUGACCGUACGCAAAGCCAGAGCUUCUGCCACCUUACCAUGGAAGCGCUACCCCGUGCAGACUACUAUAAGAACAACCGAGAUGCCAUGAAGAGACCAUCGCUGGGAGAGCUUCACGGAGAACCUAGGACAUUGGAUCACCAAGAGGAAAAGUCUGGGAUACCAUUUGAUGAAGAGCAUAAGGGCAUGAAGCUCGGAUGGAUCCAAGGUGUGUUGAUCCCUUGCUUACUGAACAUCUGGGGGGUGAUGCUCUUCCUGCGACUGUCCUGGGUCGUUGGCCAGGCCGGCAUCAUGCAGUCGCUCCUUAUCAUCGCGGCUUCCGCCAUCGUCUGUGUCCUCACUACGCUUUCCAUGUCAGCCAUCUGCACCAACGGCGAGGUCAAGGGAGGUGGAAUAUACUACAUCAUAUCCCGGUCUCUGGGUCCGGAGUUCGGAGCUUCAGUAGGGGUAAUAUUCGCGUUUGCCAAUGCUGUGGCAGCCUCCAUGAAUACGAUAGGAUUCUGUGACUCCCUGAACGACCUGCUGAAGAGCCACGGUCUGAAGAUCGUUGACGGUGGCUUGACCGAUGUCAGGAUCGUCGGUCUCAUUGCUCUCCUAGUCAUGAUCAUCAUCUGUGCAGUAGGAAUGGAGUGGGAAUCAAAGGCACAAAAUUUCUUGGUCGUCAUCAUCAUUGUGGCAAUCGUGGACUUUCUCGUGGGUACUCUAAUCGGACCUCACGAUGACCUGACGAAAGCUAAGGGGUUUGAAGGAUUCAAUGUGGACGUCUUUAAAGAGAACUGGGGCCCGGCCUACAGGUACUCCGAAGGACUGAACCAGGACUUGUUUACUGUAUUUGCCAUAUUCUUCCCUUCAGUGACUGGGAUUCAAGCAGGGGCCAACAUAUCUGGAGAUCUCAAGGAUCCUGCUGGAGCGAUCCCCAAGGGAACUCUUCUUGCCGUCUUCAUCUCGAUGACGUCCUACGCCUUAUUCGUAGUGUUCGCCGGUGGUGCUGCCCUGAGGGACGCCAAUGGAGAUGUGAACUUCUUCCACAACGGAUCUGUGUCCAACUGUACACUUGUUGGAGGAACUUGCCAGUACGGUCUGCAGAACAGCUACAGUGUAAUGCAGUUGAUGUCAGCGUGGGGAGCUCUGAUUUAUGCAGGAUGCUUUGCAGCUACUCUCUCCACCGCUCUCACAAACCUUCUGUCAGUACCCAGACUAAUCCAGGCUCUGGGCAUCGACCGCAUCUAUCCCGGACUAAUUUUCUUCUCCAAGGGCUAUGGGAAACAUGGCGAGCCCUAUAGAGGAUAUGUACUAGUAUUUUUCAUCUCUGGAGCCUUCAUUUUGAUUGCCGAAAUCAACGUGAUUGCUCCUUUAAUUUCCAACUUCUACCUGGCUUCUUACGCGCUGAUCAACUUCUGCACUUUCCAUGCAGCUCUUGUGCGACCACUGGGAUGGAGACCGACAUUUAAGUACUACAACAAGUGGCUCAGUCUUGUGGCGUUCCUGACAUGUAUCGCCAUCAUGUUCCUCAUAAACUGGUUGACGUCAAUCAUUACCUUCGUCGUCUUCUUCGUGCUCUACCUGGUCGUCAUGUACCGCAAUCCAAAUGUGAACUGGGGCUCCUCGACGCAGGCGCAGACGUACAAGCGCGCGCUGAUGACUGUACACAAGCUGUUCAACCAGUCCGAACACGUCAAGAACUACCAGCCCCAAGUCCUGCUGCUGGUCGGGCAACCCCAGUCACGCCCCCCACUCGUCGACCUGGCUAAUCUUGUCACUAGAAACAACUCUCUUCUGGUCUGUGCGGAAAUUUGCAAACACCGCCUGACAUACCGGCAAAGAGUAGCUCUAACAAAGCAAGGCCAGGCAUGGCUGGCAGUUCGGAAGGUCAAAGGUUUCUUCUCAAUUACCGACGGCUACAAGUUCGAGGUUGCAGCCCGCGGACUUAUACAAUGCUCAGGGGUGGGCAAACUAAAACCCAACGUCCUCAUGAUGGGAUACAAGAGUGACUGGCUCACUUGCAACACUGAGGACCUCCAGGGCUACUUUAAUGUUCUGCAUGACGCAUUCGAAAACCGGCUGGCGGUGACUAUACUGAGGUUGGCUGAGGGUCUUGACCUCGCCAAACCAUCCGACCUCACGCAGUACCCAGAGGACAUAACCGGGUCCUUAGGCGACCUCAGUGGGAACUCAACCUCAGGCAAUGGGAUAGUCCACAAUGACUCCAACCUCAGCUUCAUACUGCCUAACGUUCUGUCACAGACCUCACUCACUAUCCCAGGUUCAAAACCAACAGAGAGGCCUUUGAAUCCUUGGCAGAACAGUCCGUCAACAGCCCUUAAAGAAAAGAAGAAGAAAAUUGCCUCUCAAAUCCUUCACAAGUACGAGGAAGGACAAGAGAUCAGCAAGACUGUGCUGGACAGCAUGAUGACAUUCUCCAAAAAACAAAAGGGUGGCAUUAUCGAUGUGUGGUGGCUUUAUGACGAUGGAGGACUGACGAUCCUGUUGCCGUACAUCCUGAGCACACGGUCCUCCUGGGCAGACUGCAAGAUGAGAGUUUUCGCCCUUGCUAAUAGGACAAAUGAGCUGCAAAGCGAAGAGCAAGGGAUGGCGAGUCUACUAUCCAAGUUCCGGAUCAAGUACACGUCUCUGACGAUGAUCCACAACAUUUCCGAGCCUCCUAAACAAGAGACCAUCAACUUCUUCGAAAAUAUCAUCUCGGGAUUCAGAGAGUCUAACAAAAACGCAGAAUGUAGAGUGUCGGACAUUGAGUACGAAGCUCUACGGGAGAAGACCUACAGACAGCUUCGACUGAGAGAACUUCUUCAGCAACAUUCCAAGCAAUCCAACCUCAUCGUCAUGUCGCUCCCUAUGCCCCGCAAGGGGGUGGUAUCCGCUCCAUUGUACAUGGCGUGGCUGGAGGCAAUUACCAAGGACAUGCCACCGUUCCUUCUCGUCAGGGGGAACCAGACAUCCGUACUCACAUUUUAUUCAUAGUUUAACAUACAGAAACAUAUUGUAUAUAUUCGAUAAGAACCUAGUAUAUUACUAUAUGCGAUUUAAUUUGUAUACUAUUAAUUAAUUGUAGAAUUCUUAGAAUAUUAAUUUAUUGUAUUUGAAGUCAUACAAUAUACGCGAUCGAUACAUUCUGCGUUCACAUGUUUCAUGAUUCAUUUUUCUAUAAACAUUAAAAUGUUGGUUUUUAAAUAAAUUAAUUUAAAUUAAGCAUCAACAUUAGCACCUCAUCUUUUAUUGUUGUUGUAUAUUGAAUGACUCAUUUUAGCUCUGAACAGCAGUUUUUUUAUUUCAGUCAGUUUAUACGAAUUUAUUGUAGACUUAAAGUAAACUUUAUUGACUAUUAUUCAAAGAAAAUAUCACUGAUGUAUUUUAACCUCGAAGUUUGUUUAAAAAUGCUCCUUUUUUAUCUGAAAUUAUAUUUAUUUCACUAAUUAGAUAAAAUAUAUAAUACAGUAGAAUGUAAUAUAGUGCAAUUACUAAAUUAUAUUAAGUAAAAUUUUAUCCCAACAGUUUGUUUAGAAAAAGUUCAUUUACGUACAGAUUUAGACUUGAUUUGAUAAAAGAAUGUAUAUUCUUAUAACACUUUUAUAUGAGUCCCAUUUAACAGAAUCUAUUAAACAUUAUAGUUAAUUUUUUCAUUAUAGGAUUAAGGCAUAUCUGAAACCAUUGUAAAAUGCAAACGUACUUUGAUACCAUUAUUAUGCAGUUUUAUUUUGCUUUCAUAACUGUAAAUAGUAUUUUUAGCGCUUACAUAUACUGUGAAUUCCCAGUAACCCAAUAUAUAAAGAAAUACUUGCGUAGAGCAUCAAAAUCUGAUGGCUGUGAUUAUUCCUUGCUUUCAGCAUUUGUAUUUUCUUGUAAUGUAAUUUUGUUAUGCUUAUGUUACCAAUAAAUAAACUAUUUAUACGGUUUGCAAACUGUA